CUUUGGAAUUGCGUUUCGGCAACUUGAAUUUUCAUGAUUUCGUGGUUUACGGACUCGAACGAUUUAAGAACCAAAUUUCUUGUUUCUUUGUUCGAAAAUUAAACUUUUUUACUAUAUUCAUGAAAAAAAUAAAUGUCAAUCUAUAAUAAAAAGCUGUUCAGUGAUAGUAAGAGGUGUUCAAAGUGAUUUUUAGUAGUAUCAAACAUUAAAAUUAUUCAAAAUACCUAUAUCAUUUAAAUUAUUUUACACUGUCACUAUUUUGUACAUACAACAAUCAGCUGUAUCUGUAUACCAGUAUUUAUUAUUAUAAUUCAAAUAGAAGCGAUCUAAUUUUGUUAUUAAUAUUUGUUGUAUUGUUGAUUUAAUAUUAAACAUAGUCUUUCAAAAUGUUUAGCUGCCUUUGCCUUAAUAUUCUUAUUGAAACUGCUUCUACAGACUUCCAAAAGGUGACUCCAGAAUCAUUGAAUUUAAAUGAGACUGAGAAGAAAGAUGCAUUUUUCCAACAAGAUCUUCUACAAAUUUCAAAACUAAAAAAUAUCACAAAAAAUCAACCAAACUUAGUGCAUUCUAGAAUUGUGGGAAAUUGGAAUGUGAACUGUUGUAUUAAUUGUAUAAAAGAAACGUAUGCUGUACAUAAAGACAAAGGGGCAUCUUGUGUUGUAAUUUCUUCAAAAUUAUUGGAUUCUAAGUCAGUAGAGAGAAUUAGGGCUGAACAAGUAGAAUUGUCGAAAGUUUUUAAUAUUAUUGUAAAUCCAAGUGAUACUAGGGAGAACAUACAAGUUUUAAAUUUAUAUAAAAACUGUGACACUGAGACUAUCAUCAAAGCUAUUAGGGAGACUGUGUCUGAAUGUUUAAGGAAAGAAAUGGUUGCUGUGGAGGAUAGGAUAAAGAAAUAUUCGGAAGAACAAUAUGAGAUUUUAAACAGUCUCAAAGAUACAGCCUAUGAAGAGCAUGAUACGUUAGUUAUGCUAGUCCAGAGUUUAUCAGAUCAAUCUAAACCUGAAAGUACAAGUGACCAAAUGGGUUCCACGGAAGCCGAAGAAGACCUUACUAAAUAUUUUAAUUUAAGUGAAGAGGCGUUGUUAAGAUCCACUGAAAAACCGAAACAGAUGAGGCAUACACCUAAGCGCCAGAGGAGUACACCGGUAGCUCCAGUGUCAUCUUUCGAUACUGAGGGUCUGUUCGACUUUGAAGGAAGCGAUGGGAUAAAUUCCCUUUCAGAAAGCGAUGUAGGAGAGAGUGACAGAGAUGAUAAGGAUGAGAGAGCAGUUAAUAUGCCUAGAACUAGGUCGUCGAAAGGAAACAUAGCAAAAUCUUUACCUAUGGAUAUUCCCACGUUUUUAUCAAAGGCUAGAAAUACGUCUACUGAAGAUUUAGAUGAUAUUCCACAGGACGACAAUCUGGACAUCGCGGCGAGCAUUAAAGCGCUGGCAAAAAGCGUCCACGGCGACACCGUUUUCGGGGAAUUACCUAAACCGAGAUUGAGCACGCAAAUUUAGGAUUGUCGACACACUGUCUUCCGCGCGCAACUUCCAAAUCGAACCGGUGUGAAAAAAUAAAGAAAAAGUAAGGUAAAACCGAUCAGGAGAAUCAUCAUUUUGUAUAUGUAUGGUUUUUAAGUUUUUUUUUUUGUAUUAUAUGUAGGAAUCAUCGAAGUUACAAAGGAGUGUUGCUUGUUGAAAAUGUUGCAGUCAUUUAUAGUUUUUUUUAAUAAUAUCAGUUCAAUUUAAAUCUAUUUAAAACUGGAAAUUAAGCUACAUAUUUUAACCUACUGUAUUUUGUACUACUUAACAACUCAUGUUUUGUUUAAUGAUUGUUUUUAUGGUCGCAAGAAAAAUAGUGUUUAUAACUGGCUAAAAAGAGUAUUACCUUGCUGGUUAUGUGCGAAAUAUAUCAUUUAGCUACACUAGUUAAGUAAUAUACGAUUUAAGAACUGUAAAGUUUGUAACUAUUUUUUCAAACAAAUUUAAAACCAAAUUUAACGUGGAAUAAUUCGAAAUAUUAAUAAUGAAAAUUAAAAAUGGCUGCAAUGACAUUUAGUUUUGUAAGUUAGGUUAUCAAAUUGACGACACAUUUUUUGAAGAUAAAUAUUGAAAAAAAAAGCUGAUAUAUUUUUUAAUAUUUGUAAAAAAAACUCUAACUUGUGUAAUAUAUGUGACGAAACUUCGAUGAGAGUGCUUUAAUAACUUCUAAAGCUUUAAAAAUACAAAAAAAAUAUGUGUAAUGGAAAGCAUGUAAUUUAGUGUGGCCAGAAAGGGUAUCAAAAUGGGAAAGUUACUAUGAAAGGAAAAGAUUAUCUCAGGAAAUAUAAUAACGAAUGCGAAAUGUUUUAUAUAUCUUCAGUUAUGGAAACAGUUCAGAUUUUAAUCCGUAGUUUUCGAAAUGUUUGCGAUCAAAUAGGGUUUGGGUAUUUUUGAAAUACAUGUACAUAUUAACGUCAAUUAUUUUGCCGUAAAAUUAUCAAAUUUAAAAAUUAGGAAUAUUAUCUUUUUUUACAAGCACAGUCAGCUGGUAGAACUACUCUUGCAGAUGUUUAAACUUUUGAUAUUUAAUCUUAAGUCGUUCAUUGUGUAAAGCUGGAUACUCGUUAAAAUUGGGAUAUUUUGCGUUUCUACAAAGUAAUGGCUCGAGUUCAUGAUCAAAAUUGAUUUUGAACAAAAUUUGUUUCUGUGUCGGACUAUGGUGCAAAUAUCUAAGAUCCGUCAUUGUAGGCUCAUUUGUUUUCCUUCCAGGACGUAUGGAAUUAUAACUCCAUGUUGAUGCCAGUGAAAAAUUUUGAAAAAAGCCAUGUGUUACGAAAUAAGUAUCUAUAGGAAAGGGAUUACAUCUUGCUUUUCUAGUAAUAUUUAUAUAGUCACUGGGCAUGUGAAUAAAACGAUUUUUCAUUUUCCUCUCAAUUAAACUAUGCAUUGCAUCGCAUUCCAUUUGCGUAUGUCCCUUCUCUAGGAUUUUUUGUUCAAUAAUAACAUUAUUUCUUAUUGAAUAUUGAAACAAAGCAUUGCUCAUAACUACAUUCCUAUUUUGGUAACAACACCCAUCUGAAUAAAUUGUAAUUGGAAGUUUGGCAUCACUACACUUUUCUUUGAUGUAGUGGACCAAAAAGCUUGCAAAGAUGCUGAUAGGUCACCUUCUGUUUCAUUCCACCAAUAGUAAGUACAUUGGUGUGUCGCUAAAUUAUAUAUCGUGAAGUUGUGACAAUUCAACUUCGUCUUAAAUGGCACUAGCAUUAAUUACAGGACAAAUUUUGACAGCCUGAACAUCUACACUUAAUGUAUAAUGCCUUUGCUUUAUCUUCUUUUUAUAAUCUAUGUCUGAUAUAUUAUUUGUUUCAAAAGAACAACCAAUAACACAUCUAUCUUUCUUGGGUUUAUGAAGAGAAAUAUUAAUUUCCCUCAAAAUUUCAUCAAAUAUGGGAAAUCUUAGAAUGUAACUUUCUUUGUUGUUACUUUUACAAAAAUGUCUGUAGAUACGAUAAAGAUCUGCUUUUGUGCGAAACAUUUGUUCUAAGUAAAAUUUCUCUAUAUCUCUUCUGCAAUAAUAAGAACCAAGUUUUGGUAAAUCAUUUAACCAUUGUCUUAGAUAGUUUCUUUUUUCCAUAUUUAGUGUUUUAUCAAUUCGUGUUUGUUGUUGAUCCUCCAUUUUAUUAAUAUUAAUACCAUGUUCAGUGUUGGUUAUCCUUGAGAUCCAAAGUUGACAGGAACAUCAUUUUACAAACUCUUUGGCGAUUAUUAUCUUUCGUCCUUAAAUAAUAAAUGUAAGUUCCCUUUCGACGAGAUGGAUCUCCAGUGGAUUGCCUUUUAGUUUGUAUGUAUUCUACAUUACCCCUAACAUAAACUUUCUUCUUUUCCCAAGAAUCCAUAUUAUUCCAAAAUUUGUCAAAAAUAGAGCGUCUUUCUUCAUCAGAGAAUAUUUGGCAAAAGCGUUUUUUUGGAUUUCUUGCAGGCAACAGAAUUUCUCCCAUUUUUCGUCAGGUCGAGGUAUGCCAUCAGUAACUUUUCCAUCUUUACUUAUUUUGUAUCCUUUAUACUCUUUACCGCACACCCUAAGAUUCUUUCUCGCCCAAUCACAUUCUUUUGCUUUUCUUUUUCUUGACCUCGACAUAUAUCAUUUUCUUUUAUAUCUGCUACAUCAUGAGUAUCAGUUCCAAUGUUUUCAUUAUUGCUUAAAUCACUAUAAACGUUUUGUGUACCUUGUAAUGGUAUAUAUUCAGGAUCAUCAUCCUUAUCGUUUGCAGAAGCUGAAGCUAAAUUUAACCUUUCCUGUUUGUUUGUCAACUUGUAUGGCACC